AUGGAAUCCUUCAGUCUGAGUCCAUAUAGGAACAAGGUGGAUGUGUCGGGUCCUGAUCCAAUAGUAUGGUUCAGGACAGGUCAACUAGUGGCUGCAGCCACUGGUGUCAGUAAGCUUUUGACCUGGUGCAGUAGAUGUCUAGGAAAGAGUUUAAGUGUGGCAAGGGACAAGGUGUUUCCCCACCAUUGGUACCAGCAGGAACUUCAGAAGAUGUUUGAGCGACUUGAUGACUUGGAACGGGAACUUCAACAGCUGCGAGACUCUAGACCAGAACAGUCUGAAGACAAGACUCAUGAUAUUGCCCCUGGAAUGUGUUCAGGAUGUCGAUGUCCUCAGUGUGGAAAAUCUGUGUCUUCAAUUUCCAUGAUGAAAGAUGUUUCGAUGAUACAAACUGGUGUACCCCCACCACCACCUCCUCCUCCUCCCCCACCUCCUCCCUUACCCCCAGUCCAAACCCCAAUCUCAACAAACAUCAGGACAAGGAAACGCAGGAUCAGCUCCAAGGAGGAGAGAGAUUCUCGGCCAUCAGUGACCUUGGAACAGUUACAGCAGGUUAAGUUAAGGAGAGCUGAGCCAAGACCACCACUGAGAGCAGAAAAUAAACAGGCAUUAUCUAUGUCCCCGGACUUAGACUUACGGCAACGAAUACUUCGGACGACAGUUAACCAGGACAAGGAAAAUAUACAAGAAAAGAUUGCUAGUGAAGUGCUAAGUUUUAAAGGUAGCCUUAAGAAAACCACUAUGAAGAGGAGCCCAGGGGGCACCCCAUUAGUGAAACGCAAACGACCUACUGGUAAAGGAUUAACUCCCAUGAUGGCGACAGCUUUAAAGAAAAAGUUUGUUUUUGCAAAUGACAGCCGUUCAUCCAGUGAUGAUUCCAUGGAAGGCUCACCAUCCCCACAACACAAGAUAUCUCCACUGGCUCGGAAUCUAGGUCACCAGUCACCAGUCUCCUCGGAUUCAUGCAAACGUUCCCCUCUUGCCGACGCCCCAAACUCGUCUCUCUCACCUGACCUGUGAUAUUCUUCUCUA